AUGUUAAAAACAUCAAUAAUUCAUAUAUGGCAUUCAACUUGCGAAGAAAAAACAUGGGUAAAUGCUCCAACAUCUAAUAAUAAUCAUGAUUAAUGCACAACUUAUUUAUCAACAUAUACUGUUAAUCAGAAGGAGGAUGUUAAAAGAGAACAUUUGACAAUGUUCCUACAACAUUGA